ACCUCAUCGUUAACAAUGUCCACCUCAAAAGCUGUCGGUAUCGAUCUCGGCACCACCUACUCAUGUGUCGGUGUCUGGCAAAACGACCGAGUGGAAAUUAUUGCCAAUGACCAGGGUAACCGUACCACCCCCUCCUACGUCUCGUUCUCCGAGAGCGAGCGUCUCAUCGGUGAUGCCGCAAAGAACCAAGUCGCCAUGAACCCCCACAACACUGUCUUCGACGCGAAGCGUCUCAUCGGUCGCAAGUUCGAGGAUCCUGAAGUGCAAUCCGAUAUGAAACACUUCCCCUUCCGCGUCUUCAGCAAGGAUGGCAAGCCCUACGUCGAGGUCGAGUACCGUGGAGAGAAGAAGCAGUUCUCUCCGGAAGAAAUCUCCUCUAUGAUUCUGCUCAAGAUGAAGGAGACCGCCGAGUCCUACCUUGGCACCACUGUUUCCAACGCCGUUGUUACCGUCCCCGCCUACUUCAAUGACUCUCAGCGACAGGCUACCAAGGACGCGGGUACCAUCUCUGGUCUUAACGUUCUCCGUAUCAUCAACGAGCCUACGGCCGCUGCCAUUGCUUACGGCCUCGACAAGCAGGUCACUGGCGAGCGAAACGUCUUGAUCUUCGACCUUGGAGGAGGAACUUUCGACGUUUCUCUAUUGACCAUCGAGGAGGGUAUCUUCGAGGUCAAGGCCACCGCUGGUGAUACUCACUUGGGUGGUGAGGACUUCGACAACCGUCUCGUCAACCACUUCAUCCAAGAGUUCAAGCGCAAGAACAAGAAGGAUAUCUCUGGCAACGCCCGUGCUGUCCGUCGUCUCCGAACCGCUUGCGAGCGUGCCAAGCGAACACUCUCAUCUGCCACCCAAACCUCCAUCGAAAUCGACUCUCUCUUCGAGGGCAUCGACUUCUAUACUUCCCUCACCCGUGCUCGUUUCGAGGAACUUUGCCAGGACCUCUUCCGAAGCACCCUCGAUCCCGUCGAAAAGGUCCUCCGUGACUCCAAGAUCGACAAGGCCAACGUCCACGAGAUCGUCCUCGUUGGUGGUUCCACCCGUAUCCCCCGUAUCGUUAAGCUCGUGUCCGACUUCUUCAACGGCAAGGAGCCCAACAAGAGCAUCAACCCCGACGAGGCUGUCGCCUAUGGUGCCGCCGUCCAGGCUGCCAUCCUUUCUGGUGACACCUCCGAGAAGACUCAAGACCUCCUCCUCCUCGACGUUGCUCCUCUCUCCCUCGGUAUUGAGACCGCUGGUGGUGUCAUGACUGCCCUCAUCAAGCGAAACACCACCGUCCCCACCAAGAAGUCUGAGAUCUUCUCCACUUACGCCGACAACCAACCCGGUGUCCUCAUCCAAGUCUUCGAGGGUGAGCGUGCCCGCACCAAGGACAACAACUUGCUCGGAAAGUUCGAACUUUCGGGCAUUCCUCCCGCUCCCCGUGGUGUUCCCCAAAUCGAGGUCACUUUCGACAUCGACGCCAACGGUAUCCUCAACGUCUCCGCGUCUGACAAGACCACUGGCAAGUCCAACCGCAUCACCAUCACCAACGACAAGGGCCGUCUCUCCAAGGAGGAGAUCGACCGCAUGGUUAGCGAGGCCGAGAAGUUCAAGGCUGAGGAUGAGGCUGCCGCUGCUCGCAUCACCGCCAAGAACGGACUCGAGUCCUAUGCCUAUAACCUUCGCAACUCGAUCCAAGACCCCAAGCUCGCUGACAAGUUUGAUGCCUCUGACAAGUCCAAGCUCGAGGCGGCCGUCAACGAGACCAUCCAGUGGCUCGACAACUCGCAAGAGGCUUCCAAGGAGGAGUACGAGAGCAAGCAGAAGGAGUUGGAGGGUAUUGCCAACCCCAUCAUGCAAAACCUCUACGCCUCUGCCGGCGGUGCUCCUGGCGGCUUCCCUGGCGCUGGCGGUGCUCCUGGUGGCUUCCCUGGUGCCGGUACCGGUGCUAGCGAAGACGGUCCUAGCGUGGAGGAGGUCGACUAAACAACAUGAUAUCACUUUUCGCGUUCUCUCUUUGUCGCAUAUCAUUUCUAUAGUGGACUUAGACUAAAAUUACCUCAUUGUAUCAUAUACUUCAUUGCAAUUUUCAUUUCAUUUUUCUCUGCUCU